AUGCCUCGCCGAAGGCGAAUUCUUGCGACAUUGCCCUCUCUAGCUAUUAUUAUCAUCACAACUUUUUUUCUUUUCAACAUCUAUGUGAAAUCGCAGUCAAAAUUCACUUCUCAGACUGCUGCAACUCCCCAUGAUUCACAUCAACCAAAAAUCCAGUUCAGCCUCCUAAUCGGGAUACUAACCCGGGCUGAUGCUUAUGAUCGUCGCCAUUUUCUCCGCCUCAUUUAUGGAAUACAAUCCUCUGCUAUAGCCAAAAUUGAUGUGAAGUUUGUAUUUUGCAACCUCACCAAGCCUGAGCAAAAAUUACUGAUCUCUCUCGAAAUUCUACGUUACAAUGACAUUAUAAUUCUCAACUGCUCAGAAAACAUGAACAGUGGAAAGACCUACACAUACUUCUCCUCUCUGCCAGGGAUCCUUCCUCACCGCUAUGACUAUGUGAUGAAGGCUGAUGACGAUGUGUACUUGAGGCUCGAGCCACUAGCAUUGUCACUUUCGGUUAAGCCCAGGUCAGAUUUGUAUUACGGAUUUGUAAUUCCCUGUCCUAGCAUGAACCCCUUUGUCCAUUACAUGUCAGGAAUGGGAUUUGUGCUGUCGUGGGACCUUGUGGAAUGGAUUAGGGAAUCUGAAAUCGCGGCAAAAGAUAUUAGUGGACCGGAGGAUAGGCUAGUAGGAAAAUGGUUGGACAUGGGGAACAAGGCGAGGAACAGAUAUUCUAAUAAGCCAGCAAUGUAUGAUUAUCCAGGAACCAAUGGAAGAUGUUCGCAUGAGCUCAUUCCAGAUACUAUUGCGGUUCAUAGGCUCAAGAGGUGGGAUCAGUGGCAGAAUGUGCUUAACUAUUUCAACGUCACCAGGCAACUUAAGCAAUCCAAACUCUACACUAUAUGA